AUGUCAAAGUAGACCAACUGUAGAAGUGACACCUAUUUAUGAUUUAACUGGUAACCCAAUUUCUAAUGGUAAAGCUCAUAUUUUGCACCUUUAUCGUUCUCUCUUACGAGCAAGUAAAACCUUUUCAAGUUACAAUUUUAGUGCUUAUGCAUACCGACGAACAAGAGACUCAUUUCAUGAACAUAAAAAUGAAGCUAAGCCAGAUAAGAUUAUAGAACUUGUUAAGAAGGCUGAACAUGAAUUAGCAAUUUUGCAAAGACAAGGAUAUUUAAAUAGUCUUUAUGCUGUUGACAAAUUGGUAGUAGAGCAAAGCAAUAGACAAAAAGUUCUUUAA